AUGCUGGGAAUUUUCUUUAAUCUUAUGCUGAUGGUCAACUUUAUAAAAGGUGCUGAGGUAUGCUAUGACAGAUUAGGCUGUUUCACAGAUGACUACCCGUAUUCUGGAUCAGUCCAGCGGCCUUUACAAGAACUGCCUUCAUCACCAGAAAGCAUCAACACACGUUUUCUGCUAUGGACAAGGAGAAAUCAUCAGAAUUACCAGGAAAUCACUGCUAUAGAUCCUGCAACAAUACAAGUUUCAAACUUUAAUGCCUCUUUGAAAACAUGCUUUAUCAUUCACGGAUUUAUUGACAAAGGAGAUGAAUCAUGGCUAUUUGACAUGUGCAAGGAGAUGCUUGAUGUGGAAGAUGUAAACUGCAUAUGUGUCGACUGGAAAAAGGGCUCCAGAACUCGAUAUCUUCAGGCUGUUCAUAAUAUUCGUGUGGUUGGUGCAGAAGUGGCAUAUUUUAUUGACAUUUUGGAGGAACAGUUUGGGUACUCUGCUUCCAGAGUUCACAUUAUUGGCCACAGCUUGGGAAGCCACGCUGCAGGGGAAGCUGGAAAACGGAAGCCUGGAAUUGCAAGAAUUACAGGUCUGGACCCAGCAGAACCCUUUUUCCAGAAUACCCCUACAGAGGUACGACUAGAUCCUAGUGAUGCUACAUUUGUUGACGUACUACACACUGAUGGUGCACCGAUCAUACCUUACCUAGGUUUUGGAAUGAUUCAUCCAUGUGGGCAUAUUGAUUUUUAUCCCAACGGAGGAGAGUUUAUGCCAGGGUGUGACCGAAAUAUUAUUUCUACAAUAAUAGACAUCGAUGGUAUUUGGCAAGGUACUCGGGACUUUGUUGCUUGUAACCAUUUAAGAGCUUACAAAUACUAUACAGAAAGCAUUAAAACAAGGGAUGGAUUUAUUGGUUUUCCAUGCAACAGUUAUGGUGAUUUUAAUUCAGGAAGUUGCUCUACCUGUCCACAAGGUGGCUGUCCACUAAUGGGACAUUAUGCUGAUACUAGUUAUGACCUACAAGAGAACACCAUUCAGAAGUUUUACCUGAACACUGGAGAUCUCCAACCUUUUGCACGCUGGCGGUACCAUAUUUCUAUAAAAGUUACUGGUCAUCUUGCUAUUUUGGGCUAUAUAAAGGUAGCACUGUAUGGAACCAAUGGAAACACACGCCAGUACCAGAUAGCUAAGACUUUAUUUUUUCCUGGAUCAACACAUGCAUCUUUUGUUGAUGUAGAAACUGAUGUAGGAACUUUAACCAAAAUCAAAUUUCUGUGGAACAACAACCUGAUAAAUCCAUUGUUUCCUAAAAUGGGAGCAGAACGUAUAACGGUGCAUAAAGGUUCCAAAGGUUCCAAUCAGCAAGAGUGA